ACCGGGAACCACCCGGGCCCACGGGACCCACCGGGCCCACGGGACUACCCGGAACCACCCAGCGCACUGGGACCCAUUCGACAUGGACGCGCGGGGACCCAAAGCCCCCGGCGGGGACGCGCUGCGCGACGCGGCAGAAAAUCUAUUUCAGGAACUUCAAGGACAUUUUCAAGCUCUGACUGCAACAUUAAACCUCAGAAUGGAAGAAAUGGGAAAUCGCAUUGAGGAUUUACAGAAGAAUGUAAAUGACCUAAUGGUGCAAGCUGGGAUUGAAAAUUCUAUUAAAGAACAAACGGUAAGAUCAUCAUUAGGAAACUAAAUGUAUUUGCCUUUUGCAUAUCUUUUGAUUGCUUUCAUCUUGAAAAAUACAAUCCCAUAUUUGUUCACUGUGGGGAUUACUGCCUUUGUACUACAUGGAAAACCUUCAGGAAUAAUAAAAGACAUUUACAAUGCUCUUUUCUAA